AGGCAGGGCCCUUCCCAGCCACGUCGCCAGCCGCCGGGCGACCCCUCCUCCCGCUGCCCAGCCAUCCGAGCUGUAGGGCUGCACCCGGGCCACCGGAGCCUCUAGGGCCAGAGGUUACAGAGUUGGCUAAAAAUAACCAGGGGGCAACCACCCUGGAGGGAGCCAGGUGCCGGGUGAGCAGGACCCAGGAUCCCAGGUCCUGCGCACUCCUGUCCCUCUUGCAGGCCCCACCCAGCGCCAGGGUCCCUCCUCCCCUCUGGCCGGCUCCUGCACUCCUCUCCCAGGCCUGCAGGGUCGCGGGGCCCCGGAGGAAAUGCCUUCCACCGGCCGCGAGAUGGACAGCUGCGGGAGGAAGGUCCUCUGGGCUCUGGGCUUCCUGCUGCUUCUCGGAGCCGGCGCUGCCAAGAACAUCUGGGAGCGGGCGCUGCCCGCGCGGCUGGCGGAGAAGACGCGCGCGGAGGAAGGCGCCCCCGGAGGACCCCGGCAGCCUCGCGCCGACCGCUGCCCGCCGCCCCCACGGACGCUGCCCCCGGGUGCCUGCCAGGUGACCCGCUGCCAGGCCGACUCCGAGUGCCCGCGGCACCGACGCUGCUGCUACAAUGGCUGCGCCUACGCCUGCCUGGAAGCCGUGCCACCGCCGCCAGUUCUAGAUUGGCUUGUGCAGCCGAAACCCCGGUGGCUUGGUGGCAAUGGCUGGCUGUUGGAUGGGCCCGAGGAGGUAUUGCAAGCAGAGGUGUGCAGCACCACUGAGGACGGGGCAGAGCCGCUGCUGUGUCCCUCGGGCUACGAAUGCCACAUCUUGAACCCAGGUGACCCCGCUGAGGGUGUCCCCAACCGUGGGCAGUGUGUCAAGCAGCGCAGGCAGACAGAAGGGCGAUUCCUGCGACACAAGUCUUACAAAGAAUAUCCAGACGGUGACUCAAAGAAUGUGGCAGAACCCGGGAAGGGACAGCAGAGGCCCUUUCAGUAAAGCAAGGACAGGGCUGCCUGUGCAAGCGAAUCCCUCCACUUUCUGCUGAGAAAGUCAGGCAAACCGUGUGAGCCCAGAGGUCACACCCAACUGCACAGAACAUCACCCAGAGCUCCUGAGAGGUGGGACAGCUUGGCCCUCCCCAGCCUGCUGACUUGGUGUGAGUCCCUUACCAGCUCUGGGUCCCUCUUCAAGCACCCUGGAUGCACAUGCAGCUUCUAGGUGACUUUUGCAGAUUUUAACUUUGGAAUGCAUGUAUUCAUCCCAAAGGUUCUCGAAAUAAAUUCUCCCACCAUAUCAUGGAA